AUGAGCGCCAACCCAUUUGAUUCGACUGCCACCACGCCUCGCCUAAGUAUGGAUCACCACAACACCAACGCUGAGCCAGAGGCAGACACCAACGGUGUCCUCGCCAAGGGGCUGCCUGCCGAAGACACAGAUGUCGAGAGCGGCCGCGGCUCACCACCGGAAAAGUCCACCGAGAAAGACCCUAACCUCGUGGAAUGGGACGGACCCGACGACCCAGAGAAUCCUCAGAAUUUCCCGAAGUCGCGGAAAUGGGCCAUCACAGUGAGCAUGUCUCUGAUGACGGUGUGGAUCACUUUCGCAUCCAGUGUCUUCUCGACCGCAACGAUGGUGACUUCGGAGGAGUUUGGCGUGUCGACCGAAGUCAUGAUCCUCGGGACGAGUCUGGUCAUCUUCGGCUUUGCUCUGGGUCCCAUGUUCUGGGCGCCGUUAAGUGAGCUCUACGGGCGUCGGUUGCCGCUGUUCUUCGGCUAUGCCGUUUUCAUUAUCUUCCAGAUCCCUGUGGCUGUGGCCCAGAACCUGCAGACUAUCAUGGUCAGCCGGUUCCUGAUCGGCGUCUUCGGUUGCUCGCCACUGGCUGUCGUAGGCGGCGCCAUGGCAGACCUCUGGGAUCCGGUUGACCGCGCGGUGGCCAUUGCCAUGUUCAGCUCGGCCACUUUCCAAGGCCCGGUCCUUGGUCCGAUUGUUGGUGGAUUCAUCACUGACUCGCAUCUGGGCUGGCGCUGGACGGCAUGGAUCACGAUGAUCGCAUCAUCCUUCUUUGGAUUGAUCGCCCUAUACAUUGUCCCCGAGACCUACAGCCCCGUCCUGCUGCAGAAGCGCGCAGCGCGCCUGCGUCGCGAGACCCGCAACUGGGCUCUGCACUCAUUCCUGGACGAACACCAGCCGACGAUGAGCGAGAUCAUGCACAAGUACCUGCUACGCCCCAUCCAGAUGCUGUUCCAGGAGCCGAUCCUGUUCUGCGUCACAGUGUAUCUGGCGCUAAUCUACGGGAUUCUCUACCUGUUCUUCGAGGCGUACCCAAUCUCCUUCAGCGAAGAGCGCGGCUGGACCAACCUUGGCGUCGCCGGACUCCCCUUCAUUGGCAUCUUCAUUGGCGUGCUGCUGGGCGUGGCCCUAAUCGUCUACACCACCAAGACCCGCUUCGCCCGCAAACUCGCCAAGCACGGCCACGUCGUCCCCGAAGAGCGUCUCAUCCCCAUGAUGGUCGCGUCCGUGCUGCUCCCCAUCGGCCUUUUCUGGUUCGGCUGGACCUCCAGCCCGCACAUCUCCUGGGUGCCGCAGGUCAUCGCCGGCGUUCCCAUCGGCAUGGGCAUCCUGGUCAUCUUCAUGCAGGGGCUGAACUACAUCAUCGACGUCUACAUGAUGUUCGCCAACUCGGCCAUCGCCGCCAACACUCUCUUCCGCUCUGUUCUCGGUGGCGCUUUUCCGCUUUUCGCUACCCAGAUGUAUCACAACCUCGGCGUGAACUGGGCUUCCAGUGUGCUGGGCUUCAUCACUAUCGCCAUGAUCCCCAUUCCUAUUCUAUUCUACUUCUAUGGUGCUAGGAUCCGUGCCAUGAGCAAGUUCACUCCGAAGUUCUAG